AUGGUAUUUAAAUCCAAAAGUGAUUAUAUCUUUGGAGCAUACUCUCCUUGUAAAUGGGAAUCAAAUAGUAGUAAUAAAUAUGUAGAAGAUAAUACAUUAUCAUCUUUUAUAUUUUCAUAAACUCAUGAUUAAGUUUAUCCUUUGAAGUAAGAUUAAAAAUAAUAUGCUAUUUAUUGUUUUUCAAAAUAUUAUGGACCUGUAUUUGGAGAUGGACAUGAUAUUUGUAUAAGUGGUAAUUUUACUGAUGGUUGUUCUAGAUUAGGUCAUUCAUAUUAAUUUAGUUAAUACAAGAAUUAAAAUGAUGAUCCAUAUUUAUUUGGAUAAAAGGAGCCAGAAAUAAAAGAAUCAUUUGAUUUAGACGCCAUAAAUAUUAUUGUUGUACAAUAAAAUGAUUAUGAUAAAAAACUUAAUGUUAUCACAAGAAUAACAAUUUCUUUAUGUGUUAAUUAUUAGACGGACUAAUUUACUAAAUAUUAUUAGGUUUUAUUUUUGAUAUCAUUAAAAUAAAAAAACUUAGUAAUGAAAACAUGA